AUGGCCGCAGAGCUGUGGGAGGCCCUUAGGUCCAGGGGCAUCACGCCGAACGCCCCGACUUUUGUUCAAUGUCGAGUGCUCUCGGUGCAGGAGGUGCCUCUGAGGUCGGACGUUUUGAUCGGGGCAGGAGAGCCGGUUCUGCAGAAGGCUAGCAUGCAGUUGGCUUUGGAAGCGGCCAGGCCGGAGAACCUGGUUAGGACGCUGGCAGCUUUGGAUCAGGCCAUUUGUCGCAUAGCCGAGGUGGAGGUCUACUUCAGCGCCAUCUUCGGCCAUCAGCUCCGAGUCAUGGGGAACACUGUCGGCUUUGAGAGGAGCUGGACCGUCCAAGCUGAAGGACCACUUCCACGUGCCGGUCCUCAAGUUUUGCUGCCAACGGCUGGUGCUGAGGAGUUCUCGCCUGACCGCCCGGCUCACAUGGCGGAUGUCGUGCUGAUUUGCUGUUGGUGGAUGUUCAGGGAGAUUGAGUCUUCCGGAGUACAAGUUUGCCACGUUUCCAUGAAUGAAGGAGCCCUGGCGAUCAUGUUGCCGGUGCAGAAGACGGACACGAGGGGCAUGCUUUGUUGUCGCACAUUGAAGUGCGCAUGCCGGGUUUCGAAGCAGGCUUUGUGCCCUUACCGUGCCAUGAAACGGCAUUUGCAGAGAUUGGCAGCACGUGGCCACGAUGCAGUGGCUUCCAGGGCCCCUCUCUUUCCAGACACAGAGGGGGGUGUCCUUUCGAAGGACCGCUUCGUUAAGUGCGUGCGCCAGGUUCUGCAGGCUUGUGAUGUUGAGCUCACCCACGAGUUUGAGGGCCAGCUGCUACAAAGGUUUACGGGGCACAUCGCCAGAGUGAGUGGAGCCCAGUGGCUCCACAACUUGGGGGUUCCCUUGCAGAUGCUGCAAAUCUUGGGCCGUUGGUCCUCGAUGACCAUCCUCAAGUACUUGCAGACAGCCCCGCUGCAGGUGUUGCCGGACGUGGCGGCCAACACACUCCUCCAAGGAACCACGGGCGCUGAAGCGGUUCCAGAGCGGCGCGCUUUCUGCGGAGGUGGCCACGCAAUGAAGGCAGUAUGGGGCGGAGAUCGGAAAAUGUUCAGAUGUGCGAUGGCCGUCUCGGAGUUUUACGAUCUCGAUGCCUUCGACGGCGACUUCGGCAAGAUUGGUAGCUCAGACAUGUUCGCAUUUUGCAUGGGCGAGGGAUUUUCACAGGACUUCCUUCCACUUAUCCGUCUGCGUGCAGUGUUCCAGAGUGAUGUUGUCAUAGACAUGUCAGCAGCGCCGUCGGGAGAUUCGAUGGAGGCCUUGGCAGAUCAAGCCGGGGCGGGCAAGGUGGUACGCGACUACUUGUCAGCCCGGGGGGUCACGUCGGUGGGCACACUGUCGAUGCUGGCCAAGGACGAUGAUGCUUUCGAAGAGGCCACGAUUAGGCCUUUGGUCUCGGGUUUCGAGACCCCAGGGGGCCGUUUGGAGCUGGCAGCGGAGGAGCAGCCAAUCGCCAGGGCAGUCUUGCUUUACAUGUUCCGCUUGGCUCAGGAGAAUAGACGGUCGGCGACGGUCGCAGCCACCCCGGCUCCCUACGCCGUCGCCAACGGCUACGGUGUUUGGACGGAGGCUGUGAACCGCUACAACGAAGUCACGGUGGCCGGUUGCAAGAGAGAGUUUCCUGUGAAGCGUUUGCUGGGGGCUGAAAGCGUCAUGGCCAGGUUCCACUGGGAACACACAGUUAGCCGUUGUUACGCCCCUCUGGAGCUGGGGGAACUGAUCUCCAAAAGAAGCUUCGCCAGUACAAACGAGGUCAACCAUUUGGCCACCCGCAAGCGCCCCGCCAAGAUCCAGUUCGAUGGCGAAUCGCUUCAGACAGAGGAGGACUCUACUUGGGAACCCAGGUCGCUCUGGGCAGUGGUGGAUGGGCUGGAUGCUAUCCGUUGGUGCCACAUCUUGUUUCAGGUUGGCGAGGAAAAGCAGAUCAACACCUUCUUCGAAGAGAUGAUAUGCAGGGCGCGACAGCGCCCGAACAAGAUCGAGAUCUUUCGGGAGUACUACUCAGCCGUGUCCUGGAGCAUUUGCAUGUCGCUCAACACAGGUCGCACAUACAAGGAGGCCACAGAUGACAUCCUCAACGACGUCAUCAUGUGGAACGAGUACAUGGCCAGGGAGCCGAAGGAGGACAAGAAGCGCAAGCGCCCCGAGGUCGUCGAGACGGUCACCACUAGCGAAUGGUUGCUCAAGGCGCCCUAUGGUGGCAAGAAGGGCAAGGGCAAAGGCUGCAAGUGUUUGCGCAUGAAGCGCGGCGACAUUCUACAAGACGACCCAGCAACCGUGGCCGGUAUUCUGGGGGGUCUUCUGCAAGAGAAGGACUCAGCCAUGUUGGUGACGGCAGCUCCUCCUUGCACUGAUUUUUCUGCAGUGAAUGGCUAUGCUCAGGGCUCAGGAUCGUUGUUUGUCAGCUUUGUCAAGUUCCUUGACGAACUCGAAUGGCUCAUGGAUAGGAAGUUCCCGUUGCUUGUGGAGAACGUCAUCAUACAGAACAACACUGACACUGAGUGGCUCAGCCAGCAGCUUAAGGCCCGUCCCUUCGUGGCGGACGCAGCCGCGUUCGGGAUGAUAUCCCGACAGUUUGACUUGCAGUGGACCAAGUUUCAGGGCUUGACAAAGUUGCAGCUGGCGGCUGAGAAGGAUGAUCCGGUUUCCUUCGACAUGCCAGGCCUCUCCUUUCACUCUUCGAUUUUUCGGCAUGAGCACGACAGCGUUGGCUGUCGGGUCAACGACAGUACGCUCCUUGGCUUUACGAGGACCGUCAUCGGCUUUUGGGCAAUUCAUGGCAUCUCGGAGUGGCCAGGCUGUGGAUAUCCAGACUGCGACAACUUGGAGCGGGACCUCAACGAGGGCUUCCCGCUCAUAGGCCAGUUGCGUCGUUCUCCAGGUUGGCAUGCUAGGACGGAUGAGUGGUACGCUCAUCCCAUCUCUGAAGAACGUGAUCAGGGCGGCGUGGAAGGCCAGGACUUGUUGGAGAUGCCACAGGGUCCUGCGUAUGCCGCUUUUGCCUUCAGUGUCGUGCAAGAGGGCUCGGACGGCCGUAAGAAGACUUACGUCAGGGUGCUCUUGACAUGGGCGUUCCUCGGAGUCGUCGCCCAGAUCUGGUGUCAGGACAUGAUGGCGGCCUACAGACAAUACCCAGUCUUGGCCGCCUUCCGUGAGAUGUGCGAGUUGCUGGGGGUUAGAGUCAAGCCUUCCAAGGAGCAAUUGCCCAACGUGGUUCAGAAGGUGUUGGGGGUCUGGAUUUCUGUUGGUGCUGAUGGCAUCGAGGUGCGACCGGAUGAAGGGCGCAUCAACAAGAUGUGUGCGGCACUUCAGUCAUGCCUCGCGCGCGAUUCCAUGACUCCAGAGGAAGCGGCUCGUCUGGCAGGCAAGCUUACGUUUCUGCAGACUAGCCUCUUCGGGCAGGUGGGCCGAGCAGCUCUCCAUCCGAUCUACUCUCGCGUACAUGGGGGCUGUGAUCAGGCGCUGACUUUGAACCAAGGCCUACGAGGGGCCAUCCGUUGCCUACUAUCGAUCAUGCAGAGGGCCCAGCCGCGCACGAUCCCGGUGCGCUGCACGACAACUCGGACUUCAGUCCUGUACGUUGAUGCGUUCGUUCGCCUGGGUGAGCAAGUUUGGAAGGCGGGUCAUAGCCAGGUGCGCCACUGGACUCGCCAGCCGGUGGAACAACUCCUCAACGGUUGGGGCUUUGUUGUCCAGACGCUUCAAGGCACCACAGCUGGUCAUGGCCAGGUGCCCGCUUCAGUGGUUCGCAAGUAUGGCUCCCGCAAGGCCUACAUUUUCUUUCUGGAGGUCAAUGCUCAGAUCUUGGCCCUCCUAGCCAAUAGGGAUGCGAUGGACCCAUUUUGGGUCGGCUUCUGCGACAACUCGGCAGGCAAGGCUACAUUGAGCAAGGGCUUUUCUUCGGAUGCUUCUAUUAACAACUUAUUGUGCUUUUUCUGGUCGUUGUGUGCAGAACUUAAGUGGUUUGCACACUUCGAAUGGGUGGCGAGCCACCUCAACUUGUCGGACCCCAUUUCGAGGGGUGAUACGGCCGUGGCUACCGAGUUGCAGGCCAGUCUCCUCGUACAGGUGCCACCAGGAUACUGGCGAAUGCUGGAACGCAUUGCUGAUGACAUGGAGUAUGCCAACGGCCAGGCUCUACAUGAUGCUCAGCAGCUUCAUUUUCCUUUCGACCAUAGGGCAUGA